AUGAUGAGCGCAGAUGAACGCAGUCCAUUACUCACUUCAAUAUCUCCUAGGAAGCGCCAGGAGCGGAAGGCACCUAGCAGUCGUAAACUGUGCCUGCUGAUCGCCUCUGUUGUGCUGCUCCCUUUCAUAACAGUCUUGAUCCUUCGCCACGUGCGCGCCAAGAUUCCCAAUUUCAUCGCCCAUGAGUACGGCGUGGGCUUCCACCUCACGAUUCCGUAUGGGACAGUGAGCAUCAGCUACCCGGAUGUUACAAUUCAUAAUGUCGCCAAGAUCGGAGCCCCCCUUACAGAUCCCUCGACGAAGCGUUUCGUGACCUCCCCCCGGGAAACCGCUCGGGAGUGCCGCAAGAAGGCCGGACUCUCAGCAAGCACUGAUGUCGACAUCCUGGCCGGGUUCAUACAGACACUCCGGGCAGCAGCGGAGACUACCCUGGGCAAUAGCCCGGUAUCCGGCGCCGUAGUGACGGUGGCGCACAUCCCGGCUCUUUACGCAGAGGACCUCGAGGACGCUGACUAA